AUGCGGCGUCAGCGCCGUUCCAGCAGUGCGGCGUCCUCAAAGGGCGCCGCGCCCAUCCCGGAGGCGGUCUCCCUGAUACACUCAUUCGACUCGGCCAUGAACCCCAACCGGCCGGUGCGUCCAUCGCCAUUGGCAUCUUCGCAGAUCCAGGGAAUGCCGCUGGAUUUGAUUGACCGCAUUCGCAACUUCCCCCUCUUCCAAUCCACUCCCGAAUCCUUUCUAGCCGAAGUCGGCCUGCAUCUACGUCCGCAGCUCCAUGCCGCUAAUGACUACAUCGUGACCGAGGGAGAUGAAGCAAAGGCCAUGUACUGGCUGGUGCGAGGCGCCGUUGCCGUCACUUCGCGAGAUGGAGAGAGCGUACAUGCUGAAUUGAAGCCCGGAGCCUUCUUUGGCGAAAUCGGGGUCUUGAUGGACCGACCUCGUACCGCAACAAUCAUUGCCCGGACUCGCUGCAUGCUGGUUGUCCUCACAAAGGAAGACUUUCGCAAAAUACUUCCUCGAUUCCCCGAUGUCGAACGCGCCAUCCGAGACGAAGCUCUGGAGCGCCUGGCCAUUCUGGAAAAGAAGAAUAAAGAUCGUUUUGGUGAGGAUGACAAGACAGCGGGCAUGAAUCGGCGCGGCUCUAAGAGGUUGCGCGAGAGUACUCCUUCCGGGGGCCUUUCACCGGGAGAGGAGCUCGACUCGAGAACGGUGACCACGAAUAAAAAGCGCAAGUCCCCGAGUCCAGGCCUCUCGGACAUCUCAUCGAGCGCCCUCGCAAAUGGAUCAGUCAAUGUCCGUUUGCUGUUGAAAGAAAUGCCACUUUUCUCAAGUCUUCCCCCCGAUCUCCUCCACUUCCUGGGAUUGAAACUCCAACCCCAAUCGUAUCCACCUUUCAUCGACAUCAUACGUCAAGAUUCCCUAGGUCGCGAAAUUUAUUUUAUUGCUCGAGGCGAAGUUGAGAUUCUCAACGAAAACAAAGACUCUGAGAAUCUUCGGAGAGGGUCAGACGACCAGGCCGGCCGCACAGUCGAAGUCAAGGCACGUCUUCGGCAGGGACAAUACUUUGGCGAAAUCGUUAGUUUAUCAUUGACUCCUCGCCGGACUGCUACAGUGAGAUCAGUUACCUCGGUUGAGUGUCUCAUGCUCAGCGGAGAUGUCUUGAAAGAGUUCUGGGAGAAAUGUCCUGACGGACUACGGCAACAAAUUGAAGUCACGGCAAAAAGGCGACUUGAAUCGGCCACAGACGGUGAUGUCUUGAUGCCUGACGUGAAAGACCCGACGCCUCCAAUAAACCAAUUGUCCAUUGAUGACAAGUUUAAGCUUACAAAUUUCCGAAGAAAGUCGAUGCCAAUGGUAACUCUGACUGAAUCCGAACUGGACAACACCCAUCAUAAUCACGCCAACGGAGACGAGGAAAUGCCGGUCCUGAGCCCGUCAGAUCCUGAUCCGUUUUUGAACAUUGGACUCGAUAAUGUGAAACUCAAGUCACGUCGAGGCUCCGUAGCCAUCAUCGCUCCCAAGGAAGCUGGUAGCACAGGGCAAACAACGCCGACUGAGCCGCGUCCUGGCAGCUCCUUCAGAGCAAUGCCACAUACGAAUGGUACAACCUCGUCGAGACAUCGAUCAACGAGUCUACUUUAUCAGUAUCAGCUGGGAAACCGCGGGUAUCUACCAGACAAUGUACUUAUAUGCAUUUUCCAGUAUUUAGACCUUCAUCAUUUAUUGCGCCUCCGUGCUGUUUGUGUCCAUUGGUCCAAGAUCCUAGCAGAGUCACCAGCGCUCUGUCAAUAUUUGGAUCUAAGCGCCUACAAUCGCAAAGUUACCGACGAUGUUCUUUCGACGAUAAUCUGCCCAUUUGUCAAGGAUCGUCCAUUAUAUAUCGAUAUCAACAACUGCUUUCACAUCACCGAUGAAGGCUUCAAGGCUUUGGCAAAGACAUGCGGCCACAAUGUUCGAGCAUGGAAAAUGAAGAGUGUGUGGGAUGUAACGGCAACGGCGAUAUUAGAUAUGGCAGGAAAGGCUACAGGGCUGCAAGAGGUUGAUUUGAGCAACUGCAGGAAAGUGAGCGACACUCUGCUGGCCAGACUUGUUGGAUGGGUAGUCCCAUCAACAACACUAGUCCAUCAUAACCAAACCAAAACCAACAUGAAGCCCACCAUACAGACAGCUUCGGGCGCAGUAUAUGGCUGUCCACAGCUGAAGAAGCUGACGUUGUCUUACUGUAAACACGUCACUGAUCGCUCCAUGCACCAUAUUGCGUCUCAUGCUGCUCCGCGCAUCGAGCAAGUUGACUUGACGAGAUGUACAACUAUUACAGAUCAGGGUUUUCAAUACUGGGGCAAUGCCCAGUUCACGAACCUGCGAAGGCUUUGUCUGGCGGAUUGUACUUACUUGACAGAUCAUGCCAUUGUUUGUCUGACAAAUGCGGCGAAGAAUUUACAGGAAUUGGACUUGUCAUUUUGCUGUGCGCUGUCGGACACGGCCACCGAAGUCUUGGCUUUACAAUGCCCCCAGCUACUCAAAUUGAACAUGUCAUUUUGUGGCUCCGCAGUCUCUGAUCCCUCACUCAGGAGUCUAAGUCUACAUUUAUUGUUUCUCGAGGAACUAUCCGUCCGAGGCUGUGUUCGAGUAACCGGUAUAGGGAUUGAAGCUGUUGCAGAAGGAUGCCAGAAUCUCACCUACUUUAACGUCAGCCAGUGCAAAAACCUUACGCCUUGGCUCGAGCGCGGAGGACAAUUUCAAUAUCAAGACAAAAUCCAUUUUGAGACUGUUGCUAGAAACGGCCUACUACAUUAA